GGCGCUGCUGCAUCAUCAAACCGGCUCGUUAGCGGCGAUGUAAAGGACACUCAGGGGUCCAUUCAGUGUUGUACGACGAUGCAUCAACAGAGAGACUGGGCAACAGUUUGCUGUAAAGAUUGUCGAUGUAGCAAAAUUCACUUCAAGUCCAGGAUUAAGUACGGAAGAUCUGAAGAGGGAAGCUAGUAUUUGUCACAUGCUGAAACAUCCACAUAUUGUUGAACUCCUGGAGACCUACAGUUCCGAUGGAAUGCUAUACAUGGUUUUUGAAUUUAUGGAUGGCGCAGAUCUCUGCUUUGAAAUUGUAAAAAGAGCAGAUGCUGGUUUUGUAUACAGUGAAGCUGUAGCCAGUCAUUACAUGAGACAGAUACUGGAAGCACUACGUUAUUGUCAUGAUAAUAAUAUAAUUCACAGGGAUGUUAAGCCACACUGUGUGUUACUUGCCUCAAAAGAAAAUUCAGCACCUGUGAAACUUGGCGGUUUUGGUGUUGCUAUUCAGUUAGGGGAAUCAGGACUUGUUGCUGGAGGACGGGUAGGAACGCCUCAUUUUAUGGCCCCAGAAGUAGUAAAAAGAGAGCCUUAUGGAAAGCCUGUGGAUGUAUGGGGCUGUGGAGUGAUCCUUUUUAUUCUACUUAGUGGUUGUUUGCCUUUUUAUGGAACAAAGGAAAGAUUAUUUGAAGGCAUAAUUAAAGGAAAAUACAAGAUGAAUCCCAGGCAAUGGAGCCAUAUAUCUGAAAGUGCCAAAGAUCUGGUACGGCGCAUGCUCAUGCUUGAUCCAGCUGAAAGAAUAACUGUUUAUGAAGCACUCAACCACCCUUGGCUGAAGGAACGUGACCGCUAUGCAUACAAGAUUCACCUGCCAGAAACUGUUGAACAGCUGAGGAAAUUUAACGCAAGAAGAAAAUUGAAGGGUGCAGUACUAGCAGCAGUGUCAAGUCACAAAUUUAAUUCUUUCUAUGGUGACCCCCCUGAAGAACUCCCAGACUUUUCUGAAGACCCUACCUCCUCAGGACUUCUAGCUGCAGAAAUUUUCAGUUUGCCAUCCUCAACAAGAGGAGCAGUUUCACAGGUGCUGGAUAGCCUAGAGGAAAUCCAUGCACUUACAGAUUGCAGUGAAAAGGACCUAGAUUUUCUACAUAGUGUUUUCCAGGAUCAGCAUCUUCAUACGCUACUAGAUCUUUAUGACAAAAUUAACACAAAAUCUUCGCCACAAAUCAGGAAUCCACCUAGUGAUGCUGUGCAGAGAGCCAAAGAGGUAUUGGAAGAAAUUUCAUGUUACCCAGAAAACAGUGAUGCAAAAGAACUUAAACGUAUUUUAACACAACCUCAUUUCAUGGCCUUACUUCAAACUCAUGAUGUAGUGGCACAUGAAGUUUACAGUGAUGAAGCGUUAAGAGUUACACCACCCCCCACGUCUCCAUAUUUAAAUGGAGAUUCUCCAGAGAGCGCCAAUGGUGACAUGGACAUGGAGAAUGUAACAAGAGUACGGUUGGUUCAGUUCCAGAAAAACACAGAUGAACCAAUGGGAAUUACUUUAAAAAUGAAUGAGCUGAACCACUGCAUUGUAGCAAGAAUUAUGCAUGGAGGAAUGAUCCACAGGCAAGGUACACUUCAUGUGGGGGAUGAAAUUCGAGAAAUAAAUGGAAUUAGCGUAGCAAAUCAAACAGUGGAACAACUGCAAAAAAUGCUUAGGGAAAUGCGGGGUAGUAUUACCUUCAAGAUUGUGCCAAGUUAUCGCACUCAGUCUUCUUCAUGUGAGCAAACAAACUGGGAGAAAUACUAUAGAGAUUCCCCCUCUACAUCCAGACAGUCCCCAGCUAAUGGCCAUAGCAGCAUUAACAAUUCUGUUUUGGACUUGCCAUCAACAACACAACCAAAAGGACGACAGAUAUAUGUAAGAGCACAAUUUGAAUAUGACCCAGCAAAGGACGACCUCAUUCCCUGCAAAGAAGCUGGCAUCAGAUUUAGAGUUGGUGAUAUUAUCCAGAUUAUUAGCAAAGAUGAUCAUAAUUGGUGGCAGGGUAAACUGGAGAAUUCAAAAAAUGGAACUGCAGGCCUCAUUCCUUCUCCUGAGCUUCAGGAAUGGCGAGUAGCUUGUAUUGCUAUGGAGAAGACUAAACAGGAGCAGCAGGCAAGCUGCACUUGGUUUGGAAAGAAAAAGAAGCAAUACAAAGACAAAUACUUAGCAAAGCACAAUGCAGUGUUUGACCAAUUAGAUCUUGUCACAUAUGAAGAAGUAGUAAAAUUACCAGCCUUCAAAAGGAAAACACUAGUCUUACUAGGAGCACAUGGUGUUGGGAGAAGACAUAUAAAAAAUACACUAAUCACAAAACAUCCAGACAGAUUUGCAUAUCCUAUUCCACACACAACAAGACCACCAAAGAAAGAUGAAGAGAAUGGAAAGAAUUAUUACUUUGUAUCACAUGACCAAAUGAUGCAGGACAUUUCCAACAAUGAAUAUUUGGAAUAUGGUAGCCAUGAAGAUGCAAUGUAUGGGACAAAACUGGAAACGAUACGGAAAAUCCAUGAACAGGGACUAAUUGCAAUACUUGAUGUAGAGCCUCAGGCCCUGAAGGUCCUGAGAACUGCAGAAUUUGCUCCUUUUGUUGUUUUUAUUGCUGCACCUACAAUUACCCCAGGCAUUAAUGAGCUGCCAAAAUGGUGCAGAAAGUUACCUGAUGAGUCUCUCCAACGCUUGCAAAAGGAAUCUGAAAUCUUGCAGAGAACAUAUGCACACUACUUUGAUCUUACAAUUAUCAACAAUGAAAUUGAUGAAACAAUCAGGCAUCUGGAGGAAGCCAUUGAGCUUGUUUGUACAGCGUCGCAAUGGGUUCCCGUCUCCUGGGUGUAUUAAUCCUGACACGCAAAGGAUUUUCUCUUUACUGGGAACCACCUCGUACAUGGACAACCUCUUUGUUAUUGACCUUCUGUCAACAGGUCUUGGCCCCUAGAGACUACCUAGAUGUAGUGUGACCUAAAUUUAUAAUUAUCGUCAUGUCCUUAUAGAUAGGAGGAGAAAAAUGCUAAUUUAAAGAGACAGUAUCUUUUUUAAUCAGUUCUCCUACACUUUAUUAAAAUGUAUCUUUAAAUAUAUGUAUUAUUCAAUCCUUUGGAAUGUUAUAUUUUUGGAAAUCAUAGCUUUUAAUUUCAAAGGCCCCUAAAACUGCACAAAAUAGAUGCUGCUUUCUAUAAUCUAUUUUAAUAAUAAUAUGAUCUGUUACUUAACUUGGGGGUGGAACACUACAUUCUUUUUAGAGUCUGAUUUUGUGAAUUGGAAUACCUUGCUUUCCUUUAUUUAUUUGAAAUUAUUAGCCCAAUCAUGACCAGAUCAAUUCUUACAUUUUAAUGGCCUUCCUUUGCAUUUUUUAAUUAUUUUUAGAAUAGCAUUUUGAAGUACUUUCAUGUAAUAUUCGGAUAAUGUGAUACUGUCUCUUUGAAGAACUCUGUAAAACUUAUAGAGAUUUGAAGUUGGGUCUUGACUCUUAAUGCAUGUGGACAGUCGCAAGCGUUCAUGCUGUUGGUGUAUCUGUGUUGAAAAAACUGUAAUCUACAGCAAAGUACAUUCCGUUCAUGGGGGGAAAGUACCCAAGGGAAUAAAAUAAAAAAUACUAUGACUAAGUUGUAAAACCUAUGCACAUCCCUUGCAUUUUGGGCAACUUUAUAAACAAAAAUCCUAAUUUUUAUUAAUAAUCAUGUAGUGAAAUGUGUUUGUAAUUUUGUCUCAAUUUAAUUUGUUGUAAAGGUGGGAGGGGAAAAAAUUACUGGUUUCACCAUUUCAGAUCUGUGUUGUCUGAGAGUAUUAACGUUUUAAUUACGUUUAAGCAGAGAAAUGCUGAUUUUUAAUAUGUAUGUAAUUGUUUUGAAAAUGCACACAUUUUAAGAGAAAAUACUGUGCAAUGAAGAAACCAGUUUAGGCAUUGCGAUAAAACUAACAAUUCCAAAAGACUCAUCAGCCCUGUAAAUUCCUUUCAACAGUAAAUGACUCUACAGUCUGACCAAUUUUUUAUUUUAAAUAUACUUCCUUUUAUGUGUUCAAUUAAAUGCCUUGGGUCAUUCAUUUCAUCACAGGAUCUCUCAAGUGCUUCUAAAGCUAACUGUCCUCUUUGAAGAUGUUUGGGGAAACCGUCCUCACCACCUUUGCAUUCAGUGGCACUUCUGCAUUGAUUUCAAAACUUCAAGACUUGUGGUCCCCUUAAUAAUUAAGGGUUGCUUCAUGCAUUUGUCAUUUUAGCAUGUGCCUAUAUUUUACAUGCUAAAAACAUAUAUCCCAAAACUGCAUAUAAUAUGCUACAUAGGUACGAAUGGCAGGAAACUCUCAAUUGGUCACAGCUAUACUCUGAUGGAGAAACACAUGUCAACAAUGUGUGAAGCAGUCCUAAAUUUUAUAUAUGGGGCCUUAAUAUUCAAAUUUUGCCAUGUAUUCAUCUCAGGGCUUUUACAGUUUUCUGAUUUUUCUGACUGGUCUCCCGACAAGAGUGGUACCUGUUCACUCUCACAGAAGAGAGAUAUAGAGAAUUAUCCACCCCAGCUUAAGAUGCCUUUGUGAACCUCACCACCAUUUAUCAUCAGUAUUGUUGUACCUUGGACUGAUUGUUUUACAUUUUUAUUAUUUACUAUGGAUUUUUUAUUUUAUUAUUAAAUUCCAGUAUGUUUUUGAACAA